UUCGACUUGUCCCUCGACAAUCGAUAUGGACCUCAGAGAACGUACUCAUUCUAAUCUCUCGGAGUUGGAGAGUUUAUCCGACUCGGAUUGGCUCGAUAUUGCCAGCAGCAGAACCUCAGAGGACGGCGAUUCCGUUGUGGGGUUCGACGACAGCGAUCGCGAAGAUGUCGAGGGUCGGCCGUUCUCAAGACACUCAUUCAGUAGCCUUGCAAGCUCGACCGACGAGGUUGUAGAGGGUUGGGAGGGACUAAUCGACGACAGUGCAGAUGAACCUCUCUCCGUAGUCGCAGAGCAGCCUGCUGAUUACGUUUUCACCACCGCGGACGGCGAGCAUAAGGUCCGAGCCCCCUCUCCUGAGGGAGAAGAGGACCCAGAGGACGAACGCGUCAAAGCCGCCCUGGACCAGAGCAUGAUGAGCACCUUGAGCUCGUCGCGAUCGAGCUCUCUAGCCAACUCCGUGCAGACCUCGAUCGUCCAUUCCACUCGCUCUCUGAGGCUGUCCUUCCCAGACCCUACCACUUCCAGGAUUGAGUCCUUGAACAACUCCUUUGAACAGUUGUCGCCUGAGGAUGCUGACCCUACCACCUCAGACGAUGCCCAGGAAACCCUCAGAGGCGCCGUCGGCCCCGAUGUUUGCCCUGCGCCUGAAGUCGAGGUUCCAGUGCAAGCUCCGGUGAUUGGCGACGAAUCCGACGCGUCUACCUUGCCCGAUAACACCGUCUUCGAUGUUGUCCUCUACGGCUCAUCUCUCCUGUCGAAGGCGACCUUCAUCGAUUCGCUACUCGAGAAGUGGGCACUCGCGUCGGGCUUAAUCCUAACGAAGAAAGCCUUCCAUGAGCCACGCGCUGCUGUACAUACUUUCAAGGGCUUCGAAGACGGAUGCGCCAUUGAGCGCAGCGUGUCAGUAGUCGAUAAGACUGGUCUUGGUGACGUGGGUUUGCUUUCCGUUUUCUUCCUGAUUGUCAAUUCAUCCUUCCUCAGUUUCAAGCGAGCAGCUCGAGCAAUGAACGCUCUCUCGCUGUCGUGUUCCUCCCUUCUUUUUCCGAGAUUCCGAUACCAGAUCACGCCCUUUACCUUCCGGUCAUGAUGACCUCAGUAGGCGAGUACCUCGGCGCGACAGAUUACCUCCUUGAAGCCGAGCAGCAGUGGGAUUCUCAGGGCAUUCCAUCCUACAAGCUUACAGGUUUUAGCCGUCAGUCUUCCCCAAUCGUUGAGCAGGAGGUCGUCGAGGCUGCGACAUGUGAGCAAGUCGAAUAUGCGCUACGUCGCCUCUCUGCACAGCCCAUGAGGAAGGCGCUGCCUAAGGUGUCAGCCCAUGCCAUCACAAUGUACGUGUCUGCAGUC